AUGCUCGUGCUAGACCACACCGCCUACCCUAUCAUCAUGGACGCGGUCAUCUCGUUCUCGCCGCCCCACAUGCUCCAACAUGCCCGGGACGAAAAGUUCAAAGCAGCCCAUACUUUUGUCGACUACUUCACUCUGGUCUGCGAUCAGAUCGUUCCCAAGGUCCCCCUGUUCAGCGGCUGCCCACAUAUAAUCCACGUGCGCCUUCCGCCGACUGGCCGCCCUCCGUUGCCAACCUCCGAGGCAAGGUCGGUCUCUCCGCCCUAUGGCUCGUCGACAGCCCCCGCGUUCUGUGUGACCCCUGCCUCCCGCGUGCACCAGAUCGUUCUGGUUCUCUGGCCGCAUUCAAGUGAAGACAACGCCGGUGACACACGCGAUACCCAACAGAUCAAGCACCUCCUCGCUGCCAUGAAGAACAUGGUCUCUGCGCGUCCUGACGAGUUCGUCCUAGUCGGGCUCGACAUCACCCUGGAGUCGCCUCAAGCCACGAACAACGGCCUGCCCUCUCGCUAUGUCUCGGACAAGCUUACGGCGUACCACCGCAAGAUCCAUGGCCACGUCGAUAACCUGCGGGUCCUUUCACUCGAAGAGUGGUGGAAGGAGCUGAACGACGGAGAAGAGGACCUCGUUGGCGCCUGGCCCUCCGGAUAUGUCGACUGUCACCACUGCGGUCUCUUCAAUGGCGGCAGCGACGACCAUCAAGGACGAUGGACUACAAGUGGUUAGGGAAGAAGGACGCC